GUUCCUUAACAUAUGUAGUCUGUUAAUAUACACUUAUACACACGUUUAUAUCCUGCAUAUCAGAAGUAAAACUUGUCUUCUUCCUCUCUCUCUCUCCUGCGACAACAAUGGCGCAACAGCUUUUCUAUUCCUCUCCUCAUUCUUAUUCUUCAACCUCAAAGGGUUGUCAUAUCUUUCUCACGAGCCGCAACGGUCUCCUCCUCCUUGUGGCUCUCCUCAUCAUCUUCGGUGUAUUCUUACCCUGGGCAGGAUCUCCCUUAUUAUCAUCAACCUCGAAGUUAUCACUGUUUCCUAACAGAACCUCUUCUUCUUCAUUUCCCACCAACUGGCCCAACUAUUCUCUCGCUCAAGCAGCCAAGUUCGUCGCUAAGGACGGGACAGUGAUCGUAUGCACCGUUAGCUAUCCCUUAUUGCCUUUCCUUAACAACUGGUUAAUUAGCGUAUCUAGACAGAAGCAUCAAGACAAAGUCCUUGUGAUCGCUGAGGAUUACGCUACUCUCUACAAGAUUAACAAAAAGUGGCCUGGCCAUGCGGUUCUCGUCCCCCCAGCUCUCAAUUCUCAGACCGCACAUAAGUUCGGUUCCGGGGGUUUCUUCAAUUUUACAUCUCGGAGGCCGCAACAUCUCUUGCAACUUUUGGAGCUAGGUUAUAAUGUGAUGUACAACGAUGUUGAUAUGGUCUGGUUGCAAGAUCCUUUUCAGUAUUUACAAGGAAGCCAUGACGCAUACUUCACCGAUGACAGGACCAGAAUUAAGCCUUUGAACCAUUCCCAUGGUUUACCACCUCCGGAUCGAAAGGGAGUGACUUAUAUAUGUAGCUGCAUGAUUUUCUUGCGUCCCAAGUAUGGAGCAAAGCUUCUCGUGAAGAAAUGGAUUCAGGAACUUCAUGCUGGUUCAAACGCAUACGAAGGAAAUGAUCAGCCUGCUUUUAACUGGGCACUCAACAAAACCGCUCAUCAGCUAGAUCUAUACUUGCUACCGCAAGCAGCGUUUCCAACAGGGGGAUUGUAUUUCAAGAACAAGACAUGGGUUGAAGAGACAAAGGGGAAACAUGUCAUAGUCCACAACAACUACAUUAUCGGUUACAAUAAUAAGAUGAAACGUUUCCAUGACUUUGGUCUAUGGCUAGUUGAUGAUCAUGCUUUUGAGUCCCCACUGGGAAAACUAGAGUAAAAUUUGAAUGCCUUGUUAUGUUUGAAUGUUAUAUUAUAGGAGAGAGGACAACUCUAUUUCUUGUUAAGUCCGACUCUAAGCUCGGAAUACCUGAGUUAUCAAAAGAGAGAGAGAGAGUAAAAUGUUGUUGUCCAGAUGACCAAUCCAUUCACAAGAAAACAGAACGAAAAGAGACAUUUCUAUA